AUGAGUGCAUCGAAAAAAUUUUCAUCAACGAAAAUUAAUCAAGGACAAGUUUCAAUCAUCAAGUUUCGAUCAACAAGAAUCAACUAUCAAGAUUCAACAAACAAGAUCUUCAACAAUUCAUCAAAACAUCAUCAAGAUUUAAUAAUCCUGAAGAUUUCAUCAACAACACUCGAUCAGGAAAAUUUCACGAGGAAGACUCGAUCGUGA